AUAACUGAGCGUAAUAAUAAGGUGAUUAUAAAGUGUGGAGUGAUAGUGAAGAACCUAUAGUGCAAUGUGAGGACGACCUUGGUGACCCGCGAGAAGCGAGUCCGCGACGCUCGAAAAAGCUCGCGAUUCGCUCGAUGCGAUGUUUCACACAUAUUUGGUUGACUUGUACAAGUGACAGAGUGGAGUAGGAUAGCAAGCUCUCAUCACACUCUAGAAUAGACAGGUGUCAAAUAUCGCAACGAUCGUACCCUCAGUAAGAUGCGCGCGCGCGCACUCGCUUUCGGAGUAAUCUGCAAUAAAAAGUAACAAAAAAGCGCGGAAAUGGCAUUGUUGCAACAACUCGCGGACUUGUUGAGCCUGAUAACGAUAGGCAUGUGUUUCGUAUUGAAAAUUCCGCAAAUAUUAAAACUGGUUUCUGUGAAAUCAGCUGACGAAAUGUCCACCCUAGGAUUAUUCUUAGAAUUGACGAGUUAUACUGUGAUGACUAGUUACAAUUACACAAAUGGAUACUCAGUGCUAUCAUACCUAGAGUAUCCGAUAAUAUUAAUGCAGGAAUAUAUACUGAUAUUUCUCGUAUUAAAAUAUUUAAACAGGCUCAACAUUUGGUCCUUUUUAUGUGCCGUUAUAUACUUUGCGCUGAGCGCUUGUUUGUUGUUGGAAAUUGUUCCGAAAAUCGUACUUACAUUUCUAGCGCCUAUGUGUACUCCGAUCUCCGCUUCCAGUAAAAUCGUUCAAUUAUUGGCUAUACUUCGCGCUAAAAAUGCAGAAUCGGUGUCGCCCCUCACUUGGCUUAUAUCCGCCUUCACGAAUUUGACGAGGGUAUUCACAAUAUGGAUGGAUUCGGCCGACGUACUAUUACUGGGAAAUUUUAUCAUCUCAAUGUUACUGAGCUCCAGCAUUAUGUUCUCCGCUCUUUACUACAGAAGUCGAUCAUUGAAGCGAGAUUAAACGAACGGAAAAUUGUAUAAAUAAUAAUCUAGUCGCAAGCGUAUUUCGUGAAAAAUUGCCGAUUUACACGGUGUGUAUAUUUGUUAAUAAUAAUCAAGAGAGAUAUAUUCUAUCUUAUUCUCGAUAAUAAAACGUAGAAAUUGUUUUUCCUUCUACAUAUAACGGUUUAUCUAUUUUGCUCAUAUUUUACAAUAUUGUAGGUAGAGAGGAAUAAAAAAAUAUACAAUCCAAAUGUUGUUUAUAAUAAAGAUAAUAACAUAGAGUUCUAUUAUUAAUACAUCUUGAUUAUAAAUAUAUCUGAGAACUUAUAAUUUUAAGGAAUAUGGAUAUUUUACAUGUUAUAUGAAAAAUAUAAUUUAAAAAUUAAAUACCAAAAUUAAUGAUAAAA